GCGGCCACAGGCGGCGAUCGGAGCCAUGGCGGAGCUGCCGCUGCCCGCCGGGCUCAGCGCCAGCGCCUUCCCCGCCAAGCUGUGGCGCCUGGUGAACAGCCCCCGCGUCCGCUCCGUGCGCUGGGACAGCCGCGCCCAGGGGCUGCUCGUCGACCGCUCGCUCUUCGAGCGGGAGCUGCUCAGCCCGGGCGACGCCCACGGGGGCGGCCAGGGGGUGGGGCCGACGCCGGACUCCUUCCAAGCCACGCACUUCGGUAGUUUCGUGCGGCAGCUCAACCUCUACGGCUUCCACAAGGUGCCGAGCCGGGUUGGCUCAUCUGAGCCCGGCGAUGCCGGGGGCUGGCUCCACUUCAGGAACCCCAACUUUCGCCGCGACCGCCCCGACCUCCUGCUCCAUAUCAAGCGCCUGACCAGGGCCAACAGGCAGCGGCUGGCAGCGGGGCUGGAGGUGCGCAGCCGCCAGCCCAGCCGCUUCCAGCAGCUCCGCACGGAGCGGCCGCUGGCGUCCUUCCCUGCCGGGCAGCCGCCCAGAGCCGUGCUCUCAUACCAGGACCUCACUGCUGCCUCACCUGAGGGUUUACAGCUGCCUCCAGGCCCUUCCAGGCUAAGCGCAGGUGCUCAGGAGUCUGACUUCUUCCUGACAUCUCCCAAGAAAGUCUUUGCCUCAUCUGGAUUUCUUGGGGUUUCAUCAGAGGAACCAGGCACCAGCAAAUUUCAUCUCAAGCGUGAGCUCAUCAUUCCGCUGGUUCCCAUAGACUGCAGAUGCCGCCCUGAGCUCACCGUUUCUCUGCGUCCCAUAGACCAUCACAGCCCUUCCAUGGCCUCUCCAGAGGGAAGCAGCUGCACAUCUUCAGAGCAGUAUUUGCCAGCCUGCAGUUCAUCAGCCACCCCAGGCACUUCAGGCCCCAGCGCUCCAGCUGGCAGUGCUGGUUUUGCACCAUGGACAGCCCCCAGCUGGCUGUGGAAUACUCCUGGGCAAGAGGAAUUGCCACCACCAGAUCUGGACAUGGUGCUUGAGACGCUGGAGGAGAUGUUUUCUCCCUCUGCUCAGGGGAAUAUUAAUGUUGCCCCUGAGUCUUCGGGAGGGCAGCCUGUGGACAGAGCUGAAGCAGAAGGAGCUUUGCCUGGCACCAGGAGGUGCGGGAACAAUUCCCAGGAGCCCGAAGAGCUUGAUUUCCACCUAAUCUACCUUGCCAGGAGGGCUGCCCUGCGUGAGAAAAAGGAUCGGAGGGAGAGCCUGUGACCAUCGGGCAGGUGGAAUCCCUCCAUUUAUACAUAGAUUUAUAGAUUUCCAUAGUUCUAUUUAUAUAUCCAUGUAGUUACAUUUAUUGAUUUAUAUAAUCCUAUUUAUAUAUCCACAUAGUUAUAUUUGUAGGUGUGUAGAGGACAUAUAUAUAUAUAUAUAUAUAUAUAUAUAUACAGUUAAAUCUAUAUAUAGUUUUUGAUGUGAUAGAAUUAUAUUUAUGUGCAUGUAGUUACAUUUAUAGAUUUUAAAAUUGACAUUUAUAUACAUAUAGAGUAAUAAUAUAUUUUUAAUAUUUUUAUAUUUAUAAAUCUGCAUCUAUAUGUAGUUAGAGUUAUAUGGAUUUUUAGAUGGAUAGAUUGAUGUUAGUGUAGGUCUAGGCAGUAUUUUUACCUCUUUCCCCCUCGGCUGCCUUUUUCACCUCUGGCUUUUCCCCCUGUGCCCCCUGUGUCCCCUCUCCCUGGGCUGGGUCCGAGCUGGCGGCCGGGCCGGGCGCAGCAGCAGUUCCAGCCCCGGAUGUCCCUGGAGCGCUGGGAGCUGCCGGUGGCCCCAGGCACUGUCCCCUGAGGAGCUGCUGAAGGACGCUGCAAUGAAGACCACGAGGACCGCCGGAGACUGCCGGGAGCCCGCAGGGAGAAGCCGAGGGCCAGCAGCAGGAGCAGGGAGCGAGGCCCCGCUGCUGCCAGCCUGGAGAGAGCCCGGAUGUCCCAUCUGCUGUCCCUGUGCAGGAGAGCUACUCUGCCCGGGAGGAAGAGGCCGCAGGAGAGGCUUUGAAGAUGGGGCAGCUGGGGUCCCUUUUCUUUCUGUUAUAUAUCUGUUCGUAUAUAUAGUCUAUAUUAUGUAAUAUUUAAUUUCUGUUUACAUAUGUAGAUUGUUAUAUAGGUAUUUAUAUAUAUAACAAUAUAUAUUUUUUAUAUAUAUAAAUAUUUCUGUGUGUGUGUGUUUAGUACUAUUUAAACAUGUAUGGAGUCAUAUAGUUGUACAGUUGUAUCGAUAAGGUUCUUGGUACAAGGUUCCUUGGGGAGGGAAUGCAGCGGCGACAGCUAGCCUGUAAGACUCUGACUCCCCGGCACGCUCCGGCCGCGCCGCCGGCAGCACUGAGGGGGGAAGGGCACUCUCCCCCUGGGAGACUUCCUAGGGAGAGUGCUUAAGGCUGAAUGCCUUCAGAAGGGCGAGAACCCCCAGAGCCGUUGGAAGAGGAGCUGGGCUGCGACCCACAGGAGAAAGACCGGACCGCACCGACAGGGAAAACGGGAGGGUUUAUUGAAAGUGCGUCGGGCGCAGACAAAAAUGCUUGCCCGGCAGGGCCUUAUAAACAGAAUACAAUGACCAAUCUAAAUUUUUGAGAGGAGGGAAUAACGCGUAACAAACAUCUCAGAUCUCCAGUGGGAAUAAACUGAGGGUUGAACCCUGACCUCUGGUCCAAUCACUCAGUGUCCAAGACAGAAGGUUCUGGAUGGAAGGGUAUGGACACUGAAUAACAGACAGGCAGCCAGGGAGGGAUUAGGAGAGAUAACUCGUAACUGACGGGACAAUCAAGGAGAGGGAGAGAGAGAGAGCCCGGGCAAAACCAUAAACAGGAAUGGGGGGUACAGGAAUAAACCAACUUAAAACUAAUGCACCCCUACAAGGGAAUGCAUAUUUUUGUAUUUCUAUAUGGGCUGUACACUUGUAGUAAUAUGUAAUAAAUUAGGUUGUUAAAGUCCUAAUUGAUCUUUGUAUCUAGUGAGUUGUAGAGGCUGGCAAUAAAUUAGGUUUUGUUAACUGAAGUUGGUAUUUUUAUAUUUUUACAUAGACUGGUUGUAGUAAUCUAAUAAAUUCUUGUUCUUAAUCCAAA